AGAAGAGAACAUUCAUGAUCUGGGAAGAAAGUUGGGAUCUGACGGUCAUUUAAGACAAGGGAAGUCUUUACUUUGGAGGCCAACAACUGCAGCACUGUGCAAAAAAGAUGAUGGCUGGGAAUUGCUUUCCACUCUGUGAUCCACCUGAACCUGAUUACCUGUAUACACAGGGGCCAUGGAAAAGUUGAUGAGCUUGUUUGAACAAUCUCUAUACCAACAGCAGCACUGUGGCCCUGUGCCUGAGGAAGAGGUCACCAUGAUCUCUACAGCUCUCCGCUGGCUAGCUCUUGUGUUUUUUAUCAUUCUGAUCAUUGGCGGGAACGUGCUGGUAUGUUUGGCUGUUUGGCUCAGCCGUCGACUGUGGCGCAUCUCUAACUCCUUCAUAGUGUCGCUGGCAGUGACAGAUCUCCUGCUAGGCCUGCUGGUGCUGCCCUUGUCUGCCACUGUGGAGCUGCGCAGCGGAAAAUGGCCCCUCGGAGGAGCCCUGUGUAACAUCUACAUCUCACUGGAUGUCUUGCUGUGUGAAUCCUCCAUCCUGACCCUGCUGGCCAUCAGUGUGGACCGAUACCUAGCCAUUUCAGCUCCCCUUAGCUACUCUCGGAGAGUUACCCCUCUAAGCGUGACACUGGCCAUGAUCGCCAUCUGGGCCUUGUCACUGGCUGUGUCCUUUGUGCCCAUCCACCUGGGCUGGAACACAGCGGACUACAGCGUGCAGCACUUGGACUGGCGCAUGGGGGAUGAGGACAAGGAGGGACGUUAUUGCCAGUUUGAAUGGAAUAACAACUAUGUUCUUCUUUUUGCCUUUGGCGCAUUUUACCUGCCUCUGCUGCUUAUGUGUGAAAUGUAUCUGUGCAUAUUCAAAGUGGCACGAGAACAGGUGCGGCGUAUUCGUGCUGCCACUCCAUCAUUUGCACGCACAGCAUCAACUGCAGCCAUAGCCCGAGAGCACAAAGCUACAGUGACCCUGGCAGCUGUACUGGGAGCGUUUGUCAUCUGCUGGUUCCCCUACUUCACCUUCUUCACCUGCAUAGGCAUAAAGGAAAAGAAAAACCCCCCUAACACACUUCACUCUGUGGUCCUGUGGCUGGGCUAUUUUAACUCAGCUCUUAACCCUAUCCUGUAUCCAGCCCUUAACAGGGAUUUCCGCAGGGCCUAUGGAGAGCUGCUUUGCUGCAGAGGACUGUCUCGCAGAAAACUGCAGCUUGCUCAUGUGUCUGUGCAUAAACGACUGAGCAUUAGUAAGGGACAGAGGCUUUCCCUCCAGUCUGAAAAACAUAUAGGCGCAGUUAAGAAAGAAAGUGAGGGGAGGAGCCUCACCCUACACAAGAGGCACAGUAUCCCUGAUGAACCAAGAUGAAAUGCCAGGGAUCUGUUCUUUCAUUGCUGGACUGUAGAACGGCAGCAAAAUGUUGAAAAUUACAAACUUGUCCCACUACUCAGUAACUGAUUAGCUAACCAUUUUCAAUAUCAGUUAGAUGUUUAGGGUACAGUAUGGUGCCAAAGAUGAUACAAUUUGUGUGAAACUCAAGCCACAACAUCAUGAAUGUGCAUAAUUGUUUUGUUACUGUACUUCUUCAUUACAUCACAUUUUUCAAAUCGGUGAAAAUCACAGUAGUGUACGUCUGUUUAUAAAUAAAAAGCAGGCAAAUCAGAGCUCAGUGAAAUGAAUAGAUGACUCAGUAAGUUUCCCAGCAAGCUGCAUGGAGACACGGGUGGUUAAAAGUUUGCAAAUUGUUAAUUUUCUCUCCCCAAUUCCAUGCCAAUGAAAGUGAAUAAGUAACCAGCAAGUUGAUUUGAUAUGUACAAUAUGUGUAUGUUUGACUUGACCUAAGCAGGAUGACUUUAAUGACCUCAUGGAUGUUUCAUACAUGCAACACAGUCUAACCUUCCAAAAUAUGACGAGAAAGAA